CCUCAACAACAUCAUGAUGCUGACGAGGCAGAGGAGAGUCUCUCUACAUCAGAACACCUCAAGAAACACCAGCGGAAACCCACAAGGAAGAAUUAUCACCACUGCUCUGACUGUGGGAAGAGUUAUUUAAGAUCAGAUUCACUAAAAAUACACCAGAGAACACAAACAGGAGAGAAGCCUUACAGCUGUUAUCAGUGUGGGAAAAGUUUUACUUCAUCUAGCCACCUGACCAUACACCAGAGAACACACACAGGAGAGAAGCCUUAUACGUGUGAUCAAUGUGGGAAGAGUUUUGUUACAUCUAGCUGUCUGACCAUACACCAGAGAACACACACAGGAGAGAGACCUUACCACUGCUCUGACUGUGGAAAGAGUUUUGUUAUCUCAGGAAAUUUAACAUCACACCAGAGAACACACACGGGAGAGAAGCCUUAUAGCUGUAAUCAAUGUGGGAAGAAUUUUUCUCACUCAGGCAACCUGAUAGCACACCUGAGAAUACACACUGGAGAGAAACCUCACUGCUGCUCUGACUGUGGGAAGAAAUUCAUCUUUUUAGCAGAUCUUAAAAUACAUCAGAGAAUCCAUACAGGAGAAAAACCUUACCACUGCUCUGACUGUGGAAAGAGUUUUGUUUCAUCAAGACAUUUAAAAUCACACCAGAGAACACACACAGGAGAGAAGCCUUAUAGCUGUGAUCAAUGUGGGAAGAGUUUUGGAACAUCUAGCAGCCUGAAAACACACCAGAGGGGACACACAGGAGAGAAACCUUAUAGCUGUGAUCAAUGUGGGAAGAGUUUUGUUACAUCUAGCAGUCUCACUAUGCACCAGCGGACACACACAGGAGAGAAACCUCAUACCUGUAGUCAAUGUCACAUGAGAUACUCUGCUAAAAGAUCUCUGAUUAAACAUCAGGAAAAUACAUACAUGAAGAAGUCUACAUCGCUGCCUGUAGCUGCUGCCCGGUGCCCGGUGUCUGCUGCCUGGUGUCUGCUGAUCGCUGCUCAUGUUCACGCUGACGGGUGCCUGCUGCCUGGUGCCUGCUCCCGCCGGGCUCGCCCUGCCGCUUGGUGCCUGCGGCCCGAUGCCCAGGCCUGCUGCCUGGUGCCUGCUGCCUGGUGUCUGCUGCCUGGUGUCUGCUGA